GGGGGCAUACUUUACUGACUAUUUGAAGAAAAAAGGGGAACUACGACCCUCGGUCCACCGGGUAGUAUAUCAUAUGUGAGCCCCGAACUGUGUUCGAGGCGUGUUGUGAGCGUACGCAGGCCUGGUAUUGACCACCGAUACCGAACUGAACUUUUUCGAGACCCAAAGUUGUCAGGCAGCGCAUAUUGCACGCAUGCGCAUCGUUCUAUCCAGCUCUAAAUAAGAGUUAAAACAGAAACGAGGUUAGUCAUAUCAGCGGAGUGGGAAUGACUGACACUCCACCCAGCGAUGGACCCUCCCAGGGAGCUGAGUUUGACAUGAUGGGUGCUUUGGACUGGAAAGAUGGAAUAGCCACGCUGCCAGGCAGUGAUAUCAGGUUCCGUAUGACAGAGUUUGGGACCCUUGAGAUUGUCACAGAUCUAGAAGUCAAAGGCCAGGAGGCAGUGCCAAACUGUGAGACGUUGGACCCUGCGCCGUCUCACACUCCCACCCCUCCACCAGAGGGCCAGUCACAGACUGGCACAGCCAAAGCUCCAGCCAAUCAGAGUAAGCCAGGAUCAUCACAAGCCAAAGAGGAGGGUCCUAGCAUGCAGGUUCCCAGCGUGGAGAUUGGGCCCAGUGUGGUUGUGGGCUCUAGUGCAGGCACGGGUCCAAAUGGGGAGCUGUCGCGGUGCCGGGUCUGUGGGGGCUGUGUACCUGGGGAUGCCCUGCUGCAGGGCAAGUUCUGUAGCUCCAUUUGUGCCCAGCCCUCCAGUGGCAGGUCAUCUCCGGGAGAAGCGCGAGAGAUUCAGGCAGUAGAAGGGGAGAGGCUGGGAAAACGUGUGCGCAAAAAGAGGAAGAUCUAUAUGGACUCUGGUGAUGAAGAAGAGGACAACCAAGAGGAGCCAGAGGAAAAAGCAAAGACAGCCAAAGGCAGGAGGGGAGCCAAAAUAGCCAAACUGGUCACUACCCCUACCAAUAAGAAACGAGCAUGGAGUUGGCCUGCUUACCUGGAAGAGGAGAGAGCCAUUGCUGCUCCUGUGAAGCUCUUCAAAGAGCACCAGUCGUUUCCUCAGAGCAGGAACAGUUUUAAAGUUGGGAUGAAGCUGGAGGGUCUUGACCCGUCUCAUCCUUCUCUGUUCUGUGUGCUCACUGUAGCAGAGAUCCAAGGUUACAGAGUAAGGCUCCACUUCGAUGGUUACCCAGAAUGUUACGACUUCUGGGCCAACGCUGACUCGUGGGACAUGAAACCUGCAAGCUGGUGUGAAAAGAACGGACACAAGCUGUUGCUGCCCAAAGGUUGUAAGGAAGGCGAGUUUAACUGGAACAUGUAUGUUAAGAACUGCAGGGGCCAGCUGGCCCCCAAGCACCUUUUCAAGAGCCUCAACACGUCCGUGACUCCGUCGGGGUUUAGAGCAGGGAUGAAACUGGAGGCGACUGACAGGAAGAACCCCCUGUUGAUCUGUGUAGCAACAAUCGCCGCUGUGGUCGACAACCGCCUGCUCAUUCAUUUUGACAACUGGGAUGACACGUAUGAUUAUUGGUGUGAUGCCAGCAGUCCAUACAUCCAUCCUGUUGGUUACUGUGAAGAGGUGAAGCUGACUUUGACCACUCCAGCCGAUUAUAAAGAACCCAAGAGUUUCCUGUGGGAGAAAUACCUGGAAGAAACAGGGACACAGGCUGCUCCUGCACGAGCUUUUAAACCUCGACCGCCACAUGGCUUUAAUAUUGGGAUGAAAGUGGAAGCUGUGGACAGGAGGAACCCCAUGCUCAUCCGUGUUGCUACUAUAGUGGACACAGAGGAUCACAGGCUGAAGAUCCACUUCGAUGGCUGGAGUUCAGAGUAUGACUACUGGGUGGAGACGGACUGCCCGGACCUCCACCCCGUAGGCUGGUGCCAGAAAACAGGACACCCACUGCAAUACCCCAACAGAACCAGUGAUAUUUUGACUGCCCCAGGACAAGGGUGUCCCACCCCAGGAUGCAAUGGUGUUGGCCACAUCAGAGGACCUCGCUAUGGGACCCACUACACCCAGGUGAGUUGCCCCUAUUCCGAAAUCAAUCUCAACAAGGAGGGUUUGCUGCCAGACCGUCUGAGCGGUGAGAGACUCCUUACCCUGUGUGGGCCCCAACCGCGAGGACGACGGCCCGAUGCCCACGCCAACCCUACCGCGCAGAGCACCCCGACAGCAGAGCACCCCGAAACAGCCCAGGACUCCCACAGCAGGAAACCAGCGACGGGGGAAGCUGAGCAUCCAGGGUGUAACAGCCAGCCAGAGCCACUGAGUGGAGCCAGCGAGCAGAGUCAUAAUGGAACCAGGCCCAAACGGACGGCCCCAGUCCCCAAAUACCUGAAAAUGCACUAUGUGAAGGAGGAGGUCAGCGAUGGGAAAGCCUCUCCAGAAGCCAUCUCCCUCCAGCAGGCCCUCCACGAGUCCGUGUUCUCCCCCGGCAUCUCCGCCUCCCCCCCACACCGGGUGGCCCUCUGCUGGGACAAACACUGCCAGCUGCUGCCUGAAGUUCUGGGCCUGACCGCCAAAAGAGUGGCCGCUUGGAGUUCAGAGGAGGUGGCCGCCUUCGUCAAAGGGCUCCCCGGAUGCAAAGAGCACGCUGCUACUUUUAAAACCGAGCAAAUAGAUGGCGAGGCCUUCCUGCUGCUCACCCAAGCGGACAUUGUAAAGAUCCUGUCAAUCAAGCUGGGACCUGCUCUGAAGAUCUACAACUCCAUCCUCAUGCUGAAGAAUGCUGAUGAGGAGUGA